UUCUGCAGGAAAUUAGAUUUAUGUAGUUGUAUUGCAAUUUGAAGCUGGCAUUCAAGGAAUGGAUUGGCUUCUGAUGCUGCUGUUUAAAAGUAUGAGGGCGUGUGUGUGUUUGAAAAUGUGAAUUGGUGUGCUUGAGUUUAAGUUGUAAUUUGUCCUCUUUUUUUUCCUGUAGAAACAGAUCAAUUUGAUACUAGGCACGGCAGGUUUUUUGUCUAUGUAUAUUCACGAUUUAAUUUUAGCACUCCAUAUAAAAAAACUUCUGGUAAGAUAAACCUUCCUCAUCCAGAAAAGACACUCCAGUUUUUUAGAGACAGUCUGUUGAAUUUAUUUCUUCAUUUUCUGUAGCUGUUUUUGUUCCGCAUGCUUGCAUUCCUUAGAGCUGAUGUCUGAACAUCUCCACCCUACUGUUUUUGCCCUCAAGUUGUCAAAUGUGUAGAGUGUCCUUUAAAAAAAAAAAAAAAAAAAGCUUUGAGAUCACAUGGAUCAUGAUUGUAUCCAAUUCUGUUGGAAAGAAUGGAGAAAAUAAAGCGGAUAUAAUCUCUACAGUAGAAUUUAACCAUUCUGGAGAGUUGUUAGCAACAGGAGACAAAGGAGGUAGAGUUGUCAUCUUUCAACAGGAGCAGGAGAACAAAACCCAGUCUCACAGUAGGGGAGAAUACAAUGUUUACAGUACCUUUCAAAGCCAUGAACCAGAGUUUGACUACUUGAAAAGUUUAGAAAUUGAAGAGAAGAUCAACAAAAUUAGGUGGUUACCCCAGAAAAAUGCUGCUCAGUUUUUAUUGUCUACAAAUGAUAAAACAAUAAAGUUAUGGAAAAUCAGUGAAAGGGACAAAAGACCAGAGGGUUAUAAUUUAAAGGAAGAAGAUGGACGGUAUAGGGAUCCUACUACAGUUACAACACUACGGGUGCCAGUAUUCAGGCCCAUGGACCUCAUGGUUGAAGCUAGUCCACGAAGAAUAUUUGCCAAUGCUCACACGUAUCACAUCAAUUCCAUCUCCAUUAAUAGCGAUUAUGAAACGUACUUAUCUGCAGAUGACUUGCGGAUUAACCUGUGGCACCUAGAAAUUACAGACAGAAGUUUUAAUAUUGUAGAUAUUAAGCCUGCCAACAUGGAAGAGCUCACAGAGGUGAUCACAGCUGCAGAGUUCCACCCAAACAGCUGUAAUACGUUUGUAUACAGCAGCAGUAAAGGAACCAUUCGUCUCUGUGAUAUGAGAGCAUCGGCACUCUGUGACAGACACUCGAAACUGUUUGAAGAACCAGAAGAUCCUAGCAACAGAUCAUUUUUCUCUGAAAUCAUCUCUUCCAUAUCUGAUGUCAAAUUUAGCCAUAGUGGUCGAUAUAUGAUGACUAGAGAUUACCUGUCAGUGAAGAUCUGGGAUUUAAAUAUGGAAAAUAGACCUGUGGAAACAUACCAGGUGCAUGAAUACCUCAGAAGUAAACUUUGUUCACUCUAUGAGAACGAUUGCAUUUUUGACAAAUUUGAAUGCUGUUGGAAUGGAUCAGACAGCAUCGUCAUGACGGGAUCUUACAACAACUUCUUCAGAAUGUUUGACAGAAACACAAAGCGAGACAUCACCUUAGAGGCAUCCCGGGAAAACAAUAAACCCCGCACGGUUUUGAAGCCCCGUAAAGUAUGCGCAAGUGGUAAGCGAAAGAAGGAUGAAAUCAGUGUUGACAGCCUAGACUUCAACAAGAAGAUUCUACACACAGCCUGGCAUCCUAAGGAAAACAUCAUUGCUGUAGCUACUACAAACAACUUGUAUAUAUUUCAAGACAAAAUGAAUUAGGGUUGGCAUUCCUAACUGAAGAGUCCACUUCCUGCAUAGUUGAAAUAGUUGAAUCUAGCAUUUGUACCUGUAAACGAAAGAGAGCGAGAGGUCCAUUGUGGCACCCCUUUCCAGUGUUUAAAAAUGUGCCAUAUGACAACACACUUCUAUAGCUACAUGGAGAAAGCUCUGUUGAUCCGUCACUGCGUUCUUCUCCAUGUCUGCUAGCCAUUUAGGUGAGGAUAGGGCACUUUUUAAUUUAAAUGACUACUUGCACCAUCUUGCCUAAUGGACUAGAUUGGACUGUAUCAACAUCGGUUUACUCCACUUUUUAUGCCUUCCAUUGUGAUGACGUCAAACACAGGGAAAGCCUUCAAUCAUGCUAUGGGAUUUAAUUGUGUAACCUCAUUACUGUAUCAUUCGUGGCCCCCUUUUUUUAUUAAAUACAGCUCAUUCUUGCUGUGGCUUGUAGCAUUCCUCCUCCUUCUGGCCUCCUGGACUCCCCCUUUCCCCUUCGUCCCCCUCCACCUAGCCUUGGUGGUGGUGUAUAGAAAAAAAAAAAAACAACAAAA